GAUUAAUAUAAAUAAAUCUCUCAAUCCACAUCUCUUAAUACAUUUAUACAUCGAGCUCAAGAUAAUAGAGGCUAUCCACCCACAAACAGGGCCACCCAACAUAACACACAAAGAACUUCUUCUUCUUUUUUUCAUUAAUCGAAAUUUCAAUUAAUUGGCAUGUACUCCUCGAACUUCUCCGAUGCGGCCAAAUCCCCGCCGUCGGCACCGGCUACCGGUAUUCCGGUGGGCGCGUCCUCGGAGUUUUAUUCGAAUGAGUCCCGGCCUUAUAUUCAAGCCAAGCCUCAGGUCCCUUGGUCCACGGGGCUCUGUGAUUGCGGUUCCGAUGUCCGCAACUGUUGUGUUACGUUUUGGUGCCCGUGUAUUACUUUUGGGCAGGUCGCUGAGAUAGUUGACAAAGGAUCAAGCUCGUGCGGGCAGAGUGGUGCAUUAUACGCGCUGCUGAUGUGCGUGACGGGGUGCGCUUGUUGCUUAUCGUGCUUCUAUCGGUCUAAAAUGAGGCAACAAUAUUUGCUGCACGAGUCUCCCUGUGGGGACUGUUUGGUUCAUUGCUUUUGUGAGUCGUGCGCCCUUUGCCAGGAGUAUCGCGAGCUUAAGAAUCGAGGCUUUGACAUGACCAUAGGAUGGCACGGCAAUGUGGAGAGACAGAAUCGUGGGGUCGUUAUGGCUCCGAUCUCUGAAUCUGGCAUGAGUAGAUAAGUACCAUUUGAAAGAAAAUGAGAAAUGCUUGUUGUAUACAUAAACUUAAAUUAAAAUAAAUAAAUGGAGUCCAGAUUGUAUUGUAUGUACACUAUUCUGUACAAAAUAUUAUGUAGAUCUAGCAUUACCCAAGGAAAUUAAUGGAAACCAUUCUUAUUAUGUGAAUUUGAAUUUGUGGU